AUGCUACUGGUGCGCGCCCCGCCGUCUCCGCCGCCGCUCUCGGCGGCGGCCAACUUCCCGGCGAACCUGGAGCAUCCCCUUCGCCUUCGCGGCAUGUCCUCUUCCCGUGCCGGCGUUGCUACGGCCGCUGCCGCGGCGAAGUCGGCGGCUUCCUCCCUGGGCGGGCAAAAGCGCAAGCAGGUGGCGAGCGUGUCGAACCCGCUGGUGAAGCACUGCGUCAAGCUCCGGCUCUCCGCCGCGUACCGCCGCUCCUGCCGCCGCCUCCUCCUCGUCGGCCUCGCGCCCAUCCUGGAGGUGUGUAGGUUUGAGCUCGACGCCAUCGAUUACUUGCUUCUCCUGGACGGCGUAGAGGUCCCGGAGGCGCUGCGCGAGUUCUCUGGUGAUGUCGUGUAUGUCAGCGCCGCGGUGAUGAAGAAGGUAUCCGGGAUGCAAUCGGUUGAUUCCACCGAGGCGAUUGCUGUCAUGCACAUGCCUAACCAUUUCCGUGACCUCGGGAGCCAUGAGGAUGGGAUUGCUCUUGAUGGGUUGUUCAGUUAUCCAAAGAGGAUUCUAGUCCUUGAUGGGAUUCAGGAUCCUGGUAACCUCGGAACACUGAUAAGAUCAGCUUGUGCUUUCAAAAUGCCAUAUUCUUUCCUUAAGGAUGGAGUAUUCCUUCUUCCGGCUUGUUGUGAUCCUUUCAAUGAAAAGGCUAUUCGUGCAGCCCGUGGAGCCUCUUUGCAGCUUCCUAUUGUCUCUGGUACCUGGCAUGACCUGCAUGCAUUGAUGACAAAGUAUGGUAUGAAGAUGAUGGCAGGCCAUCCAGAAAGUAGCAGUGAUGCAUCCCAAGAAAUCUACUCGUUGUCCAAAAAACUAGCUGAUUCACUGUUGAAUGAGUCUCUGUGCUUAGUGUUAGGAAGUGAGGGCAAUGGCCUCUCUGCAGAGACCCUCCAGGCAUGUGAGCUUGUAAACAUUCCAAUGGAAGGUACUUUUGAAUCUCUUAAUGUUUCAGUUGCAGGUGGUAUAUUUUUGUUCAUGUUACAACCCAAAGGUCAAAUAGACAGAAGAACUUCAACCCCUUAA